GUUGCUUAAUGUUGUAGCUAGCUUGAGGUUUUCUUCGUUAAAAUGGAAAACUUACCGGCGUCAUUUUACGGGGAAAUUGACAAAAGAAACCCCGUAAUUUCUGCUUUUGAUAGCGACAUUAAAGAGUUUAUGUCGUUAAUGAAACGAGUCAGUAAUUUGCCUACCUAUGACCACAAAUCGUACUCGAGAGGAGCCAAAAGUAUCUUUGAUAUAUGGAACAAGUACAAACCUCGACUUCCAACCGCCUACUACGAAAAUUAUAUGCUGCAUAUAGCCGAUUUUCUGUUCGAAAUAAAGUUCUACAGGCUGGCGCUGUGGCAGGGCUACGGGCGCUACCUGCAGCUGGUCAGUACCAGCAGCAUAGCAGACAUCCAGGACGUGGAGCACUUCAAGACCUGCUUCUUCCCAGACGGCUUUGACACAGACCGGGCCAAGCUCACUUUCCGGGCGUUGCAGGGCUGCUGCCAGUGUUGUUUCCAGCAGGAGCAGGGUGCUAGCCGGUCUGGCCCACAGGGCGUCCAGAGACUGCUGGCCCUGCUGGGCUUCAUCCGGGUGAUGAUGCAGGCCGCUCUGCCACAUGACCACCUCUGCUGGCUCGUCUACAACGGCUCCUUGUAUAUCUACAACAUCUGUCGUCACCUGAUGUCCAUGAACCAAACUGCACAGACUCUAGAAUAUCUGCUGUGGGCGUGUGUGUGUCUGGAGACAUCCGUUCCCCUGGCGACCGCUGGCUUCCUGCCCUGGAGGUCCACCCUGUACUGUGCUGUCUGCCACUGCUACUACCACAGUCAGGCUGGCCUGCAGGCCGAGGUGUUUGCGCGGGGGGCGCUGGGCAAGGUGAGUGAGCUAGGCAGGCUGGAGGAGAUGACCGGCCUUCCUGCCUCCCCAGACACCCAGAGAGCCUACAAGGAAGCCACCAUCAAGCUGACAGCCAUGGUGUUCAGGCGCUCGGUGUAUGAGCCCCGGAGGAAGCCUAAAGGCAUGUUCAGGCCCAAGCUGAAGAGCACUCUGAAGGAGAUCCAGGGGAUGCCGUGGCCUCGUACAGCGACAGAGCGGGUGCUGGUGGAGGUGUUUGAGGGGGCGGCGGCCCAGCUGCUGGCUGUGCUGGAGGCCCUGGGGGAGCGCCCCCGCCGGCCCCUGCACAGCAGCCUGCCUGAAGAGCCCGAGGCCCAGGAGGUGGUCCUGGAGCUGCUGGCUGCUGGGGCCAGUCUGCUGGCCGGGAAGGGGGGAUCUAUAGAGAAGGAGCGGGAUGAGAGCCUGCCUUCCUGUCUGAGUUCACUCUGCACCUCCUCCUCUCUGCUGGAGCUGGCUGUGGCAGGGGAGAACAGAGUGUCUGUGCAGGCAGCAGUGAGCUUCAUCAAGCUGCUGUAUCGCUACGAACAGUGGGACACGUUCUGUACACUGUCUGACCAUCUGCUCAACUUCCUGUCUACCCUGGGGCAGCAGGACUUCAGGGCAGCACAGCUGGAUCUGGUUCUGCUGCAGGCCAUGGAGCGCCUGCUGUCAUCUCACAAACACCUCAACAACAAGGACCAACCUGAGAAGGACGGGCUGGGGGGGUGUAUGAGUGAUGAGCUGUUGGUCCUGGCUCAGACCCUACACGUGUGUGUGUGUGACUCCAGUCAGAGGGUGCGGCCUGAUGCAGACCUUGUCCUGGACCUGGUACUGUACCUGUGGGCCAGGUGUAAGCCCGUGUUCCAGACAGCCCAGAACACCACCCACACACACCUCCUGAGGGGCCUGGAGCACCUGGAGCAGUGGGUGAGAGUGCUGUCCUGGCUGGGGGAGGUGGUGUGUGUGUGCGGUCUGGGGGAGUGGGAUCCUCUGCUGCAGGCAGAGAUCACCCUGAGACUGGCCUCUGUCCUGGAGAGCAGCGCCCACGCCACGGAGCCUCCAGCACGGAGCAGGCCCAGGACAGCCUCCAGCGAUGACAUCACUGCUCAGGCCCCUCCCACUCAGGAGCGUCUCCAGGCCGUGUGUGUGCUGGUGCAGCAAGGUCUGCAGGGCAUCGUCCAGGGCUGGACCGCCAUGAUGCCUGCCGACGGCAGCGCCAUCGCUGACAACGCCUUCCUGCAGAAAUAUAAAAGGAUGGCCAGUCGCUCGCCUGCAGGAGAGACAGCAGGACGAGGAGGGGGAGGGGGAGGAGGAGGAAGAGGGGGAGGGGGAACAGAUGGAGGAGAGGAGACAGCAGGAGGAGGAGGAGAGGAGACAGAAGUGUUGAAGAAUACCUGCCUGUUUCUUGUUCCUAUGGACCAAGUUGUGGAACUUCUGGCUAUUCAACAUAGGGUCUCCCUCAAGCUGAUCCUUACCUACCCAGCUGAGCUGGAGUGUGGUGACAGUAGGAGGUCUCUGCGGCCCUCUGGUGUGGAGGUACUGGAGACAGCAUCACAGAGAGAGAGCGCCCUGUUGGAGAAGAUCAAGAAGAACCGUGUCUCCAGGGCUCUCUUCCUCGUCCAGAAGGCUGUGCUGGCUCACAGGCACCACCAGGACAACAGCGCCACCCGGAGGCUCCUGGAGGAGGCGGUGCUGCAGUUGGAGAAGGCAGGGGUGGAGGAGCGGAGAGCAGGGCUGGAGAGGAGGGAUGGAGGGAUGGAGGAAGAGGAGAGGAAGAACAGGCCUCCCCCUCCUCCCAUCCUCCUCUCCCGGACUAAUCACUCCAUGACCUUCGCCCCCGCCCCCUACGCCCUGGAACAGCAGGUGUGUUGGUACUGUAUCUAUGGUCGAGAGGCAGAGGGUGUCAACCUGAAGGUGCGUUUGGGAGACUGUCUCCUGGUGGGCACUGGAGACCAGGUACCAGCACUAGGAGAGUGCGUGCUGAGGGUGGAUGGCUUGGAGCCCAACCAGCAGUAUGUGUUUGCAGUGGCAGCCUGGGACGGCCAUGGCAGCCUGCUGGGGGGGGGCGUGGGAGAGACCACCAGGCCCCUGCUGGCUUCCCCCCCCCUGGCCCUCCUCACCAUCUGGGCUCACCUGGCUCAGGCAGCGUUCCAGACCGGGCACAGCUCCCUGGUGAAGAGAGCCUGUGGAGAGCUGUGGAGCCACUUCACCCUGCAGGACCCCCCCCAGCAGGCCGGGGGCAGCAGCAGGCCUGGGGGCCUCCCACACACACGGUUGUGUAUGCAGACCGUGCGCCUCUCCUCUCCUCUCCUCCUCCAGCUGUUCUUCACCUCCAUCCUGAUGCAGACAGAGACACACAUCCAGGAGGGGGCGCUGCACUGCGAUGCUCUCAGCGACCAGGGCCCUCUGUCCUGGGGUCAGGAGUUGCGUCUGGCGGAGUGUGCGAGGCUGCAGGUGGCAAUGGACGUGAGCUUGUGGCUGAACAAGGACAGCGCCGCCCUGCAGGCCGUGGUGGGCUGCUACGGCCUUCUGGCCCCGCUCAUCUUCCACCAGAUCUACGCAGAGCCCGUGGUGCAGGUGCUGAUGAGGUGUCUGGUGGUGCUGCAGGAGAUCUCCCCUGAGCUGAAGCUGAAGCGUCCAGCCUCCACCUUUGAGUCCCUGCUGCACAUGGUGGCUUGCAUCACCUACUACCUCUCCAAGGCCCUGAGGACUCUGAGCCUGUCCUGUGUGGCUGUUCCUGUGAUGGAGAUGGGCAAGAGGCUGCUGCAGGAGCUGAGUGAGAUCUCUGCUACGGACCAGGAAACAGACAGGCUGCCCAGGAGGGACCAGGAGACAGACAGGCUGCCCAGGAGGGACCAGGAGACAGACAGGCUGCCCAGGAGGGACCAGGAGACAGACAGGCUGCCCAGGAGGGACCAGGAGACAGACAGGCUGCCCAGGAGGGACCAGGAGACAGACAGGCUGCCCAGGAGGGACCAGGAGACAGACAGGCUGCCCAGGAGGGACCAGGAAACAGACAGGCUGCCCAGGAGGGACCAGGAGACAGACAGGCUGCCCAGGAGGGACCAGGAGACAGACAGGCUGCCCAGGAGGGGAGGGGUCGGGGAGGAGGCCAGCGAGCAGCUGAGAGCUCUGGAGGGGAAGAGAGCCAGCUCUGGGUCUCACAGCCAUGAGCUGAUAGGCCAGGAAGAUCCAGUCUUGCUGUACAGCACCCUGUCCUGCUGCCCCCUGAAGAGCUGCUACAAGGAGGUGAUGAAGGUCAAGAGGAAGGCGUGCUUCCUGGAAUGUGCGGUGCUGCUGCUGCAGAGGAGCCUGCAGGAGGAGCAGCUGUGUCUGGUGACACAGUGGGGCCAGGACAUCUUCACCUGGAUCACCAGGAGGGAUGAGUGUCUGGCAGGUCCUAAGAAGCUCCAGGACAGAGGAGGCCUGGGGAAGCUCUCCUCCUGCACAGAGAACAAGAAGAAGUCUGGUUCAAUCUGGACAGACAAGAAGAAGAGGGAGUUUCUGCAGAGGAAGCUGCUCAGCGGUCUCAAGACACAGAACACUGACAGGGAGAGCAGGGCAGUAGACACCCUGCUGGCCCAGCUGCCCCCCCUGCUGCCUGGUUACCAGCGGCGACGCCGUCUCCGCCAAGUCUGCUCUGAGGAGUGGCUGUGGCGUUGUCAUGCCAACCUGAGCAUGGGCCUCGCCCACCUGGGCAUGCUCAGACACAACCUGGAGCUCAGCCUCGCAGCCAGCUGCCCUUACCGCUACAGUCAGCUGCCUCCCUCCCUGUUCUCCCUGUACCAGAGUGGGAUAUUGGUGCAAUGGGGCCCCCAGCCCCCCUCUGCCAGCCCCCAGCCCCCCUCUGCCAGCCCCCAGCCCCCCUCUGCCAGCCCCUCUGCCAGCCCCCAGCCCCCCUCUGCCAGCCCCCAGCCCCCCUCUGCCAGCCCCCAGCCUCGACCACGCUCUGCCCCACGAAACCCCCUGCACAGGACCAGGGAGAACGAGCCAGGUAUGACCGCCAGUGGGGAGGAGGAGCCAAUCACAGCAGAGAGUGAGACGGACUCUCCUCGCAUGGCUCAGACCAACCAAUCAGAUCACAGCGAGCCCUCGCGACGCUCCGCCUCCCUGCUGCACGACUCCCUCAGCAAAGCUGUUCUGCACCUCAGAAGGGCUAUGGUGCUGGCUCAUCGUGGCCGCCACUGGACCAGUCUGCAGAGUGUGUGUGUCAGUGUGUGGGACCAGGCCUGCAGCCUGUCUGCUGUGCUGCACCCCCCCUCCCCCCUGACCCUGGAGCAGCUCCACUCUGCCCUCACCCCGCUCUACACCCUGGCAGCCGACCUGCUGCUGGACAUGAUGGACCAGCUGCAGCUGUGGGUUGUGUAUGAGGCUGCUCAGGCCCAAGGCCCGUGGAGGUCCUUCCCCCAGGAGGAGCAGCUGCUGGUGGGGCACGGCUGGCUGAGCCGCCUGCUCCUCCACACCCUGGAGCUGCUGCACCAGCAGGCUCGCUGGGAGACCCUGGCCCACCUGGCCCUGCUGUUCAACACACGCACACGGGAGCGCCACACCAGGGUCAUCACCCCUCUGUUGGUCCACGCCCAGCAGCGCCUGCUGGAGAGGAUCAGCCUGUACGGAGGCGCCCCCUCCCCCCAGCCUCACCUGACCAGGACACACCUGCUCACCGGACACCAGGCGAGACACACACACCAUUCAUACAUACACACACCAUUCAUACACACACACCAUUCAUACAUACACACACCAUUCUACACACACAUCAUUCAUACACACACACCAUACAGUAAUCUAGAGAAAUCGUCUCCCCAGGUGACCUGCAAGAGCUACACAGGACAACAGCUGCUGAGCGCAUGGACCCCUCAUCCUCACCCCAGCACCCCUCAUCCUCACCCCAGCACCCCUCAUCCUCACCCCAGCACCCCUCAUCCUCACCCCAGCACCCCUCAUCCUCACCCCAGCAGCCCUGACUUAGAGACCCUGCAGCUGGCCGAAGUGCGCCGGGCCAUGUGUGUGGUGCGUGUGCCCCUGGAUGUGGAGGACUCCCUGCGCUGCUUCAGAGAGGCUGUAGAGCGAGACUGUCACACACACACACACCACACCUUCCAGCACAGCAGGACCCUGCUCACACUGCUGCUGGCUCACACACAAACCUCUGUGUUGGAGGGGAGCCAGGAUGGUGGGGGGGCCCAGGGGCCUCAGGGCAGGGUGGAGUUCAGGGGGGCGGUGUCCUCGGCCCCCGGCUCGGCCCCCCCAGACCUGGACUUCCUGGGGUCACUCUACCGCCCCCCCCUGCCCCCCUCCCACACUCCCAGAGUCAUAUCCUCCUACAGCAGCUCCAUCAAGUGCAUGGAGGCCCAGGGAGAGGUGUCUCUGAAGUGUCAGGCUCUGCAUGAGCUGGGGAACCUCUACUACUACACUGGCAACCACAGGGCGGCGCAGGCUGCGUGGAGCAGGGCUGUGGACGGCUCCCUGCACAGGUCUGGAGUCCUGGACACCUGGGCCGGCCUCACCUGGCCCGGCCACGCCCAGACCCUGAGGCAUUCUGGGAUACGAGGCUGCCUGCAGGCCGCUGUGCUCACUGCCAAGAUCGCUCAGUUCAUCCAGACAUCUAACAUCAGCCAACGGACCCAGACCUGUCUCCUGUCUGCACAACUCUUCAAGUGUCUCCUGCAGGCCUCCCUCCCUCACCCCUCCUCAGACCUCCAGUAUGCCUCCUACAGCGUGGGGGCGGAGCUUAUCCCAGGGGUGGAGCUCUUCUCUGAUCCAGGCCACGCCCCCUUGGGUGACACAGUGUCAUCACUGGGCUUCCUCUGUCACUGGCUGUACUCUGCUGGAGAACACCUCACGGUGCUGCCCAUGCUGGCUCUCUACCUGCACCUAGUCAGCACGCUCUGCAGAGACACUCACCUCACCAUCACAGCAAGGAUCCUGAAGGUGAGGGUUCUGGCAGAGCUGGGUCUCUUCUGUCAGGCUGUGAGGGAGGCUGUUCUGCUGACGCAGGGAGAGGAGGAGCCACACAAGACUGGGCCUAUCAAGACGUUCAACACCAACAAGACUCUGCUGAACCCUGCCAACCUACAGGCACUGGAGGACCUGGUGAACCGUGGUGUGAGCCCUGAGGUCGGCCUGCUGUACGGAGCCAGACUGGCCCAGCGCCUCCCCCUGGCCCAGGCUCACCUGCUGCUGGCCCUCUGCAGGACCAUCCACACCCUGCCGGAGGCCCUGGACACAGAUGUGCUCCAGCCCCGGAGGGACAAGUUGCUGCGCUCCAGCAGCACCCCCAACCUGCCCCGCCCCCCCCCCAGUGACACAGACAGGAGGAGUAGAGACCCCAAACAGCUGGACCUGCAGAGGGAGAACCUGACCCUGGGCCAGGUCAAGUCCCUGCUCCUGAGGGAGGCAGGCUGCAUGCUGCACUCCCAGCAGCCCCUGGUCUGCACCCCUGGUGACCCAGAGCAGCAGGAGCUACAGGUGGACACUCUGCUGCUGCUGGCAGACCUGCACCUGCAGCUGGGCCAGGCUGCCUCCAGUGCAGACAUGGCAGUAGCAGCCCUGGAGAUGCUCCACACUGCAGCCUCCCCGCCCCCUGGAGGCCCAGCCCCCCCGGCUCCCCGACCCUCUGGAUACAGCAGGCCUUGGAGUGACCAGGCAGGAGUGAAGGAGGGAGGGAAGGUGUCCAGCCUUCAUCCUGGAACAACAGCCCAGGGGGCGGAGUCUCGUGAGCGUCUAGGCCCCGCCCUCUGGCUGCGCUGCAGACUGGUCCUGCUCCAGAGCUUGCUGGCACACACCCCUGGAGCCUCCAUCUACACAGGUGUGGACAGCAGUGUGGAGGCAGCCCGACUGUUGAAGGAGGGUGUUCAGGAGGCGGAGUCCUGGGGAGACCCACACACACACGCUCUGCUUCUCCUGCAGGGGGCGACACUGAGCACACACUCUGGAGACAGCAUCACUCUGCUGCAGAAGGCGGUGAGUGUGUUGUCAGGGCAGCCCAGCCUGUGUCCAGGCUCAGUGCUGCUUGUGUCCAGGGCUGCUAUUCUGCUGUGGGACCUGGGAGCAGAGGGCCACCUCAGUCUGGCCAGGCACACCCAGAGCCUGCUGCUCACACAGCUGAGGGUGUUUGGGGAGAGCGUGUCGCUGGGGGAGGGAGGCAGAGUUCUCCUGUCCCCAGGUCCCUCCAACAUCUACCUUCCCCUUCUGCCCCUGCUUACUGCCAUCACCACGCGCCUGGGUCUCAACCUGGCAGCCCAGGCACUGACCAUGCUGAGCCAGCAGGCUCAGGAGGUGCUCCAGUCGUCCCUGCAGCUGUCCAGGUCCUGCUGCUCCAGGGACCUGCUGCUGGAGACACACAUCCUGCACUGUCUGGGCUUGGUGCAGAGGUACCAGAUGCUGCUGGGUGACGUCCCAGCCCAGCGUGUGUUAGAGACCUUCCUGGAGUGUCUCCAGCUCUCCCUGCAACACUGCCACUCUCUGCUGCUGGUGCGUAAGUGUUACCAGGAGAUGGCGCUGGUGUACCUCCACCUACACCACAGUAGCUCCGCCUCCAGCACCCCCAGGACUCUGGUGUUGAGGAGCUCCAGUAUGAACAGAGGUGUGUCAGCAUCAGGGUACAUGCUGCUGUGUGGAGGGCCAUGCUGUGUGGACCUCCGAACUCCACAUCCAGCCUCCUGCCUCUCACCUCCCUCCACCCUGCCUCGCUUCGCCCUCAACGACCUGCUCAACCCCUGUGGUGGGGUGGACCAGCAGGGGGCCAGGACCAGCAGGGGGUCUCCAGAGUCCAGGAUGAGCAUCAGGAAGUGUUCCCUUCUCACCUGGCUGCAGCUGUCCAGAUACUACACUCACCUGUCCCGACUCUGCUCUACCAUGCACCCAGCUGUGCAUGCAGUGGUACCAGCCCCCCCCCUGGUCUCCCCUGACAACCAGGACAUGGUGCUGCUGCUGUUUGCUGUGAGCAGCUCUGGUGUCUCCUGCCGCUCUGCUCCUCCUCUACACUGUGGCCAGCAGCUGCUCAGCAUGGACAGGGUGAGGGUGGCACACGCUCAGCUGUGUGCAGCGUGUGUGGGUGUCAGCCUGGCUCCUCCCCCUCCAGCAGCACCCAGCCCCGCCCCCAGCCCCGCCCCCAGCCACGCCCCCAGCCCCGCCUCCAGGCAGCUGAGACACCCCGGACCCUCCGACACACACGUACUGAUUCUGCAAGAGAAGGUGAGGAGCUGCUGUUCUGCCAUCACACACCUCCUGAAGCCUGGCUUACAGUCGACCACACUCCCUCAGGUGGAGGUGAGCGGUCAGACUCUGAUCGAUCUGGAACGCUGCUUCAACCCUGGGGGCGGGGCCAUACUUGAGGAAAAGUCUCUGAUUGGCUGGCUAGACUCUCUGCUCAGCUGAUUGGUUAAGGGUCAUGUCCAUCUAGACAUCUCACAAGAGAAACAACAAUAAACA